CAGACGACAUUAGAGCUUUCUUAAAACCCUUCCCGCUCUUAAACCUGCAGGGCUUUAGCUUUGGGCGUUUCUGUCCCGUCUAAUCUUUUGGGUAUUCUGAAGAUGGAGAUUGACGAGGGCACAUCUCCCAGCUAUUUUGACCCUGAAAAUCUCAGUACAAGAGAGCGUUUUCGUCGAUACGGGAAAAGGAGUUCAGGUUCAAGCCUAUCUCCUCAUCGGGAACGAUCUACUGCUAGGGUCAGUGAGGUUAGAUCGAAUGGAGCACUUCUCAUGGAGAACAUCAAACAAGAAGUUGAAAGUAUUGAUGCUGAUGUAACACCUUCUCGAAUACAAACUGCCUUUAAGAGUAGACCGUCUCUUGAUAGCCAUGGGAUAUUAGAGAUAGAUACUGAUGAUUUGAUUCGUCGCGGUGGAAGUAUUUCCCUUAGAACUUGCAAGGAGGAGCAUGAUGCAUCACCGGACAGUGGAGACUCAACAUUUUCUUUAUUUGCAUCUCUACUGGAUUCAGCUCUUCAAGGGUUAAUUUCUAUCCCUGACUUGAUAUUACAUUUUGAGAAUUGUUGCCGUGACGUCUCAGAAUCAAUUAGGUAUGUGCGUGGCUCUCAUGUUGGCACCUAUCUCCCUAGCUCCGGAAUUUGGCAUCACACUCAACGGUUCCUGAAGAAAGGUGUUUCAAAUCCAAAGACAAUUAAUCACUUGGACUUUGAUGCUCCUACGCGUGAACAUGCUCAGCAAUUGCCUGAUGACAAAAAACAAGAUGAAUCUCUUCUGGAGGAUGUCUGGACUCUGUUAAGGGCAGGGAGAAUGGAUGAAGCAUGCAGCCUCUGCCGGUCUGCUGGACAGUCAUGGAGAGCUGCAACACUAUCUCCAUUUGGAGGGUUUGAUCAGUUCCCAUCCAUUGAAGCCCUGGUAAGAAAUGGUAAGAACAGAACCUUACAAGCCAUUGAGCUGGAAAGUGGAAUCGGUCAUCAAUGGCGUCUCUGGAAAUGGGCUUGCUAUUGUGCUUCAGAGAAAAUUGCAGAUCAAGAUGGCGGAAAAUAUGAAGCAGCAGUAUAUGCAACCCAGUGCAGUAACCUGAAACGCAUUCUUCCAACAUGUACGGAUUGGGAG